AAAAAAAAAAAAAAAUAUUAAGCCGUGCGAGUGAUACAAAGAAUCAAAGAUCCACACACCUGCGCCUUGAACAACAAACACAUACUGAGAAGUGAGAUACAUCAAAAAAUGGCCAUGGAUCAAGCUGACCUCACUACCGACCAGAUUUUGACGAGGGAUAUCCCAUGGGAAACAUACAUGUCAACUAAGCUCAUUUCUGGGACAGGCCUUCAAUUGCUAAAGCGUUAUGAUAAGAAGCCUCAAAGUAUCAAGGCGCAGUUGCUGGAUGAAGAUGGUCCGGCUUAUGUUCGAGUGUUUAUAACUAUUUUGCAAGAGAUCUUCAAAGAAGAAACAGUUGAAUAUGUACUGGCUUUAAUUGAUGAAAUGCUAGCAGAAAACCCUGCACGAGCCAGAUUAUUUCAUGACAAGUCCAUUGGAAGUGGAGCUUAUGAACCUUUCUUAAGAUUGCUUUGGAAGGGAAGUUGGUAUAUACAAGAGAAAAGCUGUAACAUACUUACCUUGAUAAUAAGUGCAAGAUUAAAAGCUCAGGAUGCUGCACUCAUGAAUGGUGAGCCUUCUGAUUCCAAGAAGAAACUUACCACUGUUGAGGAAGUUCUGAGAGGACAGUUGGAUUGGGUUUGUGCUCAGCUCAAACAGCCUUCGCAUGCAAGCUGUAACAUUCAUACAGCUAUCAGUUGUCUGUCAAAAUUAUUGAAAGAGCCUUAUGUUAGAUCAGCAUUUGUACAAGCAGAUGGAGUGAAGCUGCUUGUUCCUCUGAUUUCGCCAGCUUCCACUCAGCAAUCUAUGCAGCUCCUUUAUGAAACAUGUCUUUCCAUUUGGCUUUUGUCAUUCUACGAACCUGCAAUUGAUUACUUGGCUACUUCUAGAAGCCUGCAGCGUCUAAUUGAGGUCGUCAAAGGUUCAACAAAAGAAAAGGUUGUCCGGGUGAUUGUCUUGACACUCAAGAAUCUUCUUUCUAAAGGUACUUUUGGUGCUCAAAUGGUAGACCUCGGAUUGCUACAAGUUGUUCAGAAUUUGAAAGCGCAAGCAUGGAGUGAUGAGGAUCUGUUGGAAGCUCUGAAUCAACUGGAUGAAGGAUUGAAAGACAAGAUUAAGAAGUUAAGUUCUUUUGACAAGUACAAGCAGGAAGUCCUUCUGGGGCAGCUUGACUGGUCCCCCAUGCACAAAGAUUCCAUAUUCUGGCGAGAUAACAUUUCUAACUUUGAAGAGAAUGAUUUCCAGAUUCUUAGAGUACUCAUUACAAUUCUGGGCACAUCCAGUGAUGCAAGAUCACUUGCUGUUGCUUGCUAUGAUCUCUCACAAUUCAUCCAGUACCACCCUGCUGGUCGGAUCAUAGUGACAGACCUAAAAGCAAAGGAGCAGGUAAUGAAAUUGAUGAACCAUGAGAAUGCGGAGGUCACCAAAAAUGCCUUGCUUUGCAUCCAGAGGCUAUUCCUUGGUGCCAAGUACGCAAGUUUUUUGCAGGUCUGAGAUCAUUCCUGAAAAUAUAUUUGGCUUUUCGGAAUAAAGUAAUUUAUAUGACCUGAUUGUGCAUUUUUUUUGCUCUAAUAAUCAUCAUAAUGUGAGAGGUAAAGAUGUGGGUCAUGUAUUUAGCAAAAAAAAAAGAUGUGGGUCAUGUCACUCGGCUGUUUAAAUUUAUUUCGGAGAGUUAUUUGUUUUGUAGUACUAUACAAUAAAGUGAACGAUUAUUAUUUUCAUUGUACUUACUAAAUCUAAUCCAGGACAUAAACUAUUGCGAA